AUGACUCGCACGAUUGAAACCACCCUCAUUGCGUUCAAAGAUGUCAUGGAAAGCGGCAAUGUAGCAACAACUGCUUGGCCUGCACUACGUGAAUGGGGCUCCGGCAAAAUCUCCACAGGUUCUCCAUUACCCGAACUCGAGAAGAAAUAUGGCAAACAACUAGCAUUCAAUCUAAUAGUUCAAGAGGAGGCUCAAAGAAGGAAACUCAACACGUCUGGGAAUACUGGAGCCGUGACUCCUAUGGAGGAAGAGCCGUAUGAGAUAGCUAUUGUUUCUCAUGCCGGUUUCUUAGAGAUAAUGCUGGAGGAAGAACCGGGUGGUUCUCAAAACAACCGCCUAGGCACGCACGGAUUCUACAACGCUAACAUGAAAUCUUUCUCCUUCGACACCAUCGAUGGUCCUGGCGGGGUCCGAUACGAAUUAACCGAGACGGAAGAGAGCAAGAAACGACCAUUUUCUUCCGGUCCUAUUUGUCGCUAUGUUCGAAAGAAGUACUCAUCGCGAUUUCUAAAAGAGGAUGAUUGA